AUGGAAACUACCUUCAUCACAAUCCAUGAUCUUUCACCCGAAGCCCGCAUUCUCUACUCUUCCGACUCAAUCGUAGAUAUCCUUGGACACACGCCCGAUGAAGUCUUGAACAGGUCGUGCUGGAACUUCUUCCAUCCAGACGAGAUACCCUACGCGCAAGAGUUCCACAAGCGUGGCGUUACACUUGACAAGGCCGCCGUACUGGCAUACUGUCAGAUCAAAAAUCGCAAUGGACAAUGGGUAGGCUGUGAAUGCUGUUUCACGGUCGUGUAUGAUGUCAUGGUGGUGUGCACGAGUAUCUACCGUCGAGGGAUGACCAGUCAGAAGCGAGCCGUAGAAGCACCCAUAGUACGAAAGCUGUUCUCGUCGUCUCCGAAGGAUCCGCGGUAUCACAUGUUGUCGCAUCUGUCCACAAAGUUCAACCAAGCCGCGAAGCAACAGACGCACGAACCACGCGCCGCACUCUUUCUGAAUCGCUUCACUAGAACCCUCACUAUCAUGUACGCCACCAGCGGGAUAGAGCAGAUCAUUGGGAUAUCUGGCGACGAGAUGAAGGGUCGGAGCUUCUAUUACUGCAUCCAAGAAAAUUGUCUCGAGGAUGCAGUCAGGGUUCUAGAGACCGCCAAGGGAAACGACUCGAUAGCGUACCUUCGUUUCUGGUUCAGGGAUCCACGGCAGGACGAUGCCGCACGGGUGCAACCUGAUACUUCCGAAGACGAUUCCGCAGAUGAAUCCAUGACUGACGCCGCAAGCCUUGAGGAUGAAGAUGAAGGUGGGGUGCAGCUUGAAGGCCACGAAACUUCACGCUCCGCCGAAGGUGGCACAUCGAAUAGCCGGACUUCAGAUGAAAUCUCUCCCACCGACAGCCGACAAAGGUCUUCAACCAAUAGUAUGGACAUUGACAGGCCAAGUAACAGUGAUGAGCAACCGGCGUCUCGCGGCUCCUCCAGGGACAGCGCCAACGCUACAGGUACGCAUGCCGCCAUCUUUGGUCAUCCGGCACGUGCACGGUCAUCCACAUCAUCCGUCCCUCCGUUGUCCCCCAAUGGUCGUUCUGACAAUGGCUACCAACCGAUCGAGUUGGAGGCCGUGGUGUCAUGCACGUCAGAUGGUCUCGUAGUCUGUCUUCGCCGCGCGCGUCCAAUUAUACCCCCCUCCGCACAGCCCCAAGCGCCGGCCGCUCAGCCCGUCUAUGCGAACGGUCUCUUCGCAGCACCUUGGGCUCCCGAGCCUAUGUACUUGCCACCCUUGCCGCAGUUACCACUACAGCACUAUGGAGCGCCUCCCGUUGCGCAAGCUGGCUUCGGCAUGCACCAGCAGCAACCACGACUUUUCCCAGGCGGCCCAAUACAGCAGGACUUCAUGCGCAGCAUCCAAGAAGUUGCCGUUUUCGCAUGGGCGCUCACCGGUAUCAACGGUAGUCUGGCGGAGUAUUCAAGAGGCAAGCCGAUCGGCGAGAGUAUUCCGCCAGAUGGGUUUCCGGUGUGGAUGCCGCCCGAUCGUAGUGGGAACAGGAGUGGAGAUGGCAGCUCAGCUUACGGGUCGAGUGGAUCAAGGUCGAGUACAUUACCUGAUCCUGUCUCGACUGGUUGCGGCGGACCGAGCCCGAGCAGCAAGCUUCCAUUUGGCGAUCCGGGCCUGGGGAAUGGGAACGGUAACGGCGGCGGGGGAGGCGGCGGCGCUCACAACGGCCGUGGUGGGGGCUUGCGACACUUCUUCCAAUGGUAG